AUGGAACAGGGCGAUGAAAUUAAAUCCGGUUGUUUAUUAUUUCCGCCCGCCGGAGGGAAUGUGUUUAGUAAAUUUCCUAAAAAGAAAAAUUGGCAGCAAAAGCAUUGUAUACUCUUCAGUGCCAGCAAACAGGGAAUAGAACGUUUGGAAAUAUAUGACAACAAAGAUGAAGUAACAUCUGGUGCUAUACCCAAAAUUAUUACUCUCGAAAAUUGUAUCAAAAUUACUCAUUCUAGUCCUAACAUGAUAACAAUAUUUACUAAGUCACACACCCAACAGCUCAGCUUACAGACAGAAGCAGAAGCUUUAGAGUGGGUGACAGCUUUGCAGUCUGUGGCGUUUAGGGGAAGAGACUCCAGUCCUAUUGGUUGUGAUGAAGACAAUGAUCUUUAUUGCACAUCUGGAGAGGGUGUGUUUUCAGUAAAAAUGUGUCCGUCAGAAGCCUCAACCAGAUGUGGCUUUGAACCAAUGCGAUAUCUCCUUUUGCUCACAUCAAAUGCCAUAGAAUUAAGAGAUAUAAAUAAUGAUAAAUUAUAUGCUACUUGGCCAUAUAGGUAUGUGAGAAGAUAUGGUUACAGACAGGGUAAAAUUACAUUUGAAGCAGGUAGAAAAUGUGACACUGGAGAAGGAAUUUUUCACUUAGAACACCCAAAUCCAUCUGUAAUAUUUAAAUGCCUGUCCUUAAAAAUGAAAACUAUGAAGCAAAUGAUUGGUAUUGACAAUUUGAACAGUCCUGAACACAGUGAAUUUAAUAUUCAACCCAGUGCCAACUUAUUCCCUGGAUCUAGGACACCCUUAGUAGCAGCAAGACCUGAUGAUCUGAAUUUAAGUUCUCUUUCAUUUAAAAGUACAUCUAUGUCUAGCCAGCCAAGCAUUUGCUCGGAAAGAGACACAGUACCUUUGCUUAUGCCAAAACCAGCAUUGAAACCGAAACCUUUAAAACCUCCACGUAAAAUUCUAAAUCUCGUUAAAAACAAAGACAUUCCAAGUCCUGCUGAUGAAAGUAUAGACUAUGGAAGAUACAAAAAACUUGACAACUAUGAGCCUAUUGAGCAAAAGAGAGAACAAAGUCCACCUUCAGUGCCAUAUGAUAGAGUUGAAAUAAGAAGUGAGGCAUGGAAGACAUUAGGUAUUGACACUCCAGACCAUACUGAGUUCACUCCAAAUUUGGGUGACAAUCCAAAUUGCCUUAAGCUUAUAUCAAGAUCUCAGGAUAAUUUGAACACUACUGGACCAGAGGCUUCAAGAAUAAUUUUGUUGCCAAGUCCAGUUGUGGAUCCAGAAGAUGAGAAUUAUGAUAGGUUACAGUAUUUUGGUUCAACAAGUAAAUUAAAUAAGUCAUCAAGAUAUAAAAAGAUUGAAGCAAGGCCUACAACACUAGCUCUCAGUGAGGCUAAGAAUAAGGACACCUGGAAUGACUAUGACGAAGUUGAAAAUGUAAUGCAAACUGCAAGACUGGCUGAUGACUCUCAUCUUGGUUAUGGCAUGAUACGGAAACCCAACACUCCCGGGCCUCAAGUACCUACUGCUGCUCAAGUACAAGCUUUGCAAAAUCAAGUUGGUCUGGAAGAAAUUACUCAUAAUAACUGUAACGGUACUGACUAUGCUAUUGUAAGCCGUCCAAAAAGAGUAUAA